AGAUUUGAGAUGAAACUACUAAGCACUUCGCUAACCAGAAGAAAAGAAAGAGGGAAAGGGGAUCCCCUUGCUUUAACCCUCUUGAGGCUUGAAUUCUUCCUCUGGGCCUCCCAUUGACGAAUUCUGAAUACUUAGGGUUUUUAACACAAUCCAUGAUCAAUCCAGCACACAAGCAGCAGAGACAGCGGAGUUUGAAGGCGUUUUCGGAGGCAGUGUCUGUUCCUAACAGAGAAAACUAGGGUUUUCACGACUAUGUCUUGCUUGGAUAUACAGCAAGUUCUCAAUGAUUACAAAACCAAAGACCCACUCACCAUCACUACUCUCAAGCUCAAUCAAAAGGCUCUUUCUGAUAUAAAUGGUUUGUCCCUUUUCAAAAACUUGGAGAAGCUUGAUUUGACAUUCAACAAUCUCACAUCGCUUCAGGGGUUGGAGUCAUGCACCAAUUUGAAGUGGCUCUCAGUUGUACAAAACAAACUUGAUAACUUAAAAGGAAUUGAAGGGCUUUCUAGACUUAAUGUAUUAAAUGCGGGAAAGAAUAAGCUUCGGUCAAUGGACGAAAUUAGACCCCUUGUUGGCUUUUGUGCUUUGAUUUUGAAUGACAAUGAGAUUGCUUCUAUUUGCAAGCUUGAUCAGAUGAAGAACCUGAAUACUCUGGUUCUUUCUAGAAAUCCAAUCCACAGUAUUGGAGAUUCUCUGUUGAAAGUGAAUUCAAUGAAAAAGCUAUCCCUUUCUAACUGCAAACAUCAAUCUAUUGAAUCCCUCAAGUUUUGUAUCGAACUUAAAGAGCUUAGACUUGCUCACAAUGAAAUCAGGAUGCUCCCCAAUGCUUUGGCUCAUAACAAGAAGUUGUUGAAUUUGGAUUUGGGAAAUAAUGUCAUCAUGAGAUGGUCAGAUUUAAAGGUAUUGAGUUCAUUAGGCUAUCUGAGGAAUAUUUAUGUUCGAGGGAAUCCUAUUGCUGAAAGUGCUAAGUUAGAUAAAAAGAUUUGUCGACUGGUUCCAGGCUUGCGUGUAUUGAAUGCGAGAUCAAUUGAUAAAUGCAUUCAGAAUGAGAAUGAUAAUGGGAGUGAUAAAGAAGACGACACUCCAAUCAGGAGCCUAGAUCGUCAAAAAGAGAAAAAGGAUAGAAAACUGAAUGGGAAUGUUGAAACACACCCGUCUGUUCAAGGCACUGAUGGCAAACUUGAUCAUACUAAUGGUGCUGAUGUGGACAGGAAGUUGGAACGCAAAAAACGUAAGAUGGAUAAGGUCACCAGGGAGGAGAAAGUAAUUCCAUCUCUUGACAAUAAGAUAAAUCUCGGUACCAAUGAUAUUGAUAAGGAAAAGAAGACUUCAAAGCAGAAAAGAACAAAAAGCAAUAAGGAGCCAUCUUUGCCAAUACACAAGGAGACACUUACCAAGAUUGAAAACCAUAAGAAGAAAGCAAAGAAGGAAGGGGAAAGGCAGAUUGGUGUUAUUGACGACGCUGAAGUGCCAUUUGAACAGCUUUUCGGAGAUGAUCUUAUUGAAGACAUGGAUGCUGUUCUCCAAAAGGUUGGUGAGAAAGAAGUAGAGGAGAUGAAUUUAAAGCCUAACUUGGCAUCAUUUUCAGCUAAUAGAAAGGAAUCUAAAAGCCAAGAUCGAGUUGGAAGGUUACAAAUAUCCCCAAUAGUUGAAAUUGGAAUGGACGGAAUAUCAACAUGGGGGGAUGAGUAAUUGCAAUGCAAAGGCAUUCAGUUACUUGGGAAAAUUUGGAUCAAUCAUGGCAGCACCGUGGUCGGACAGGUGUGGAAUGCAGUAAUAGAAAAAGAGAAUGGGUUUUAGAAACUCAUUUCAGUUGUUGGUCUUGCAAUGAGCUAUGAAGCGUAAGCUACUGUUGUUGGGAGACUUGACUUUUGAUUUGGGGGAGUUCAUGAGAUGGAGGAUUUUUACUUUUCUGACUUAAACAAGUGACAUGCCAAAAGAUUUUGUAGCUUGUUGGUACCUGGGCAAGUUCUAAUUUGAAACUUACAUAUUUCUUCUUCAACAGCCUUAAAAUAGUGCAUAAUUAGAACUGUUAAUGCCUAAAUUGAAACAGAGGUGUUUGGGGGUAUAUUAUUUCAGUUUUUAUAUUAUUUCUAUAAUAGAGUUUGCCUUGUGUCUCUUAAAAAAAAAACAACACAAUCCAUGAUCGAAGAGAUGAUCCAUCAAUGAUUGAAAUUUUUCUGCUUCAAAAUUCUUUCCAAGAAACCCCAAUCAACUCGAUCAAAUGCCUCUCCAAGGUCCAGUUUGUAAUCCAUCCUUGCUUUUUUUGGACCUAUAAUACUCCACAACUUUAUUUGCAAUAAGUACAGGAUCCAGAAUUUGGCGGCCAUCCAAAAAGGCACUUUGAGUGAGAGCUCUAAUACUGGGCAUAAUUAUCUUCAUUCUUUCAGCAAGCACUUUUGCAAUCAAUUUGUACAGCAAAGUAGUGAAACUUAUGGGCCGGAAAUCAAUUACCUUUACUGCAUCUUCCUUUUUCUUGAUCAAGCAAAUAAAUUUCUCCUUUACAUGCAUUUAGUUUCCCAGUCCCAUAGAACUCAUUGAAUAAUUUACAAAGAUUUUCCUUGAGGAGAUCCCAAAAUUUGAUGAAGAAUUCUACUGUGAAGCUAUCCGGACCUGGAGCCUCUGUUUCUUCCCAUUGAUUUUAAUGCUGCCCUGAUCUCCACCAAACUAAAUUUUGAAAUAAGCCUUUUAUUUUGAUCUGCUGAAACUACAGACCAAUAAAAAACGGAGGUGUGAGGAGAUUUCUCAUAGAGGGUGCUGUAGAAAUCAAGUAUUAAAUGCUCAAUUUCAAAGAAUAAAGUGGUUGGGUUUCCUUGAUUAUUAACAAGCUUCGGAAUUAGACUUCUUUUUUUUUUUUUUCUCCCCCGAUGAGAACGAUGGAAGAAACUCAUAUUUUUGUUCCCCAAUUUCAGCCAAGUCAACUUAGUUUUCUGGAUUAUAUCUCUUUCCUCCCUUCUACAAAGAGCUAGAAGAUCCACUCUCUUAUUAACAAUAAGUGAUCCACUGUGCACGUAUCCGGUUGAUCAUAUUUUUUCUCUUCUAGUGCGAUGGCUUUUAAUAAGGUUUCUUCAUGACUUUUCUGUUUUCUUUCAUAAUCUGAAUGCCAUGAUUUGAGUUGACCCUUAAUGUUUUGGAGUUGAGUUGAUAAGGCAAAGCCCAUCCAGCCCGGAGGAGUGCUUGUGGUUAAUGAAUUUUCAAUAAAUUGGCAGCAAUGCUUGUCUAGCAACCAGCUGUUGCAAAAUCGAAAAGGGGAAGGCUCCCACUCGAAUGCCCCUGCUUCUAAUAAGAAAGGGAAGUGGUUUGAGGAGAUCCUUACUUGACGAGUUACACGUGUGUUCGCAAAAGCCUUGUCCCGGUCAAAAGUAACUAAAAAUCUGUCAAGCAAUGAUCUCAAAACUACUCUUCCUUCUCUUGACCAUGUUAAUUUUCUGUUCAGUAAAAUAACUUCAAUGAGUUUCCAUUCUUCAAUGAAUUUAUUGAAUUUCCUCAUUCAUGCCACAAGUCAUUCUACUUGCUGGAAAUCGCUCCCCUUUGAUUUGGUCAUAUUAAAAUCCCCUCCCAAACACCAAGCUUCUAUACAAUAACCAAUGAGGGAGAGCAGCUCUGACCAAAUGAAUUUUCUCUCUGUAAUCAGUAGGUCCAUAAAUAUUGGUUACCCAACACAACUUAUUGCACAUUGUUCUGCAUUUAACUGACAGUGAGUGGCCCCUUUCAAUACUUCAAUAAAAGAAAAUUUACUUUCAUCUCACUUGGUUAACAUUCUUCCUGAUUUUCCAUGAGCUUCAAGAAAGAUCCAUCCAGUUCCUUUUGAUCUCCAAGUGGAUUGAAAACAAAGUAUUGACCCAUUCCAAUCUUGAAAGAAAUAUGGGAAAAAGGAAGAUGACAAUAGGCAGUAGCUUAUAAUCCUUUUCCGUGGGAUAUAUGAGGAAGACUUGACACUGAGAAUAGGCUUUUGGUUGGAAAUGUGAGGAGCUAUAAUAAGCUGUGAGCACCUUCCACCCAACAGAGAACUUUUGCUUGUAAUAUCUUUGAAUCCACUUGGUCAAAAGGGCCUUAGUAUCUCUCCACCUGGCUGCUGUUAGCUUGCACUGCUAUUUGGAUUCUUGGUUGUGGCCUCUUGAUCCUACUUCUGGUUUUACUGUUAGAUCCCUUAUAGCUGACUUAGUGGGCACGGUUGAUCCAUUAUUGUCUGAUUUUUGUUCUGUGAUUUGGAAAGAUAGAUUUUCCUAAAACGAUGAAAAUUUUUCUUUAAGAUCUUAGUUGGGGUGCCAUCAAUACUGCUGAUUGUCUUCCACGUUGCAUGCUUUAUAUGUCUAUUUCUCCUUCUUGGUGUCACAUGUGUUGCUGCUACGCUGAAUCUUCGAUCCAUUUGUUUUUCCAUUUUCCUCUUGCUGCCAAUUUUUGGGAUAUUCUUUUUAGGCUUUUUGAUGGUCUUAUACGUGUCUUAAUAACAUUUUGGACACAUUGGCUUCUCUUCUGGUGGGUCAACCCUUUGGUGGUACAAAGAUGACACUUUGGUUGACAUGCGGCGUUCUUUUGGUAUCUGUGGGGUGAAAGGAAUAAGUGGCUUUUUCAUGAUUCUUCUUCCUUGUUCAGAUAUUUUAUGGAAUUUGUUCUGUCUAUUUCUUUUCCUUGGUGUAAAGCUAAGCCCCCCCUCUCUCUAUAGAUAAUCUAUUUUAGUUAACAAUUGGACAUCCUUCUCUUCUAUAAGUUCCUUUAGGUGUUUGGGGUUUUCCCCAGAUUUCAUUUAUAAAUGAAAUGUUUUUUUUACAAUUGGACUUCUCUUCUGUACUGGGUAUCACCCGAACCCCCUUGCAAAAUUAGUUUCUUCACAUUAUCCCUCUUCACAAAGUGGGAGGAGGCAUUUAUGAAUAUUUCUAAAGUGAAUACUUCUUUGAUGUCCUGACUUAUUAAAAGUGUAUUGAAUUUUCAGAUCGCAAAGAACAUGGAAGUGUUUAUAUGGUCCUGAGAUUAUAAGAGUCUUAAUAAUCAGGAUAGGCUUCAGAAUUUGAUGAGGUUUAACCUUUUUGCCUGUUCAUAUGCAGUUUGUAUAUGGAAAAGGAGGACAAUAUUUAUCACCUUUUUCCUCAUUGCUUCUUUGCUUCCAAGGGAAGAAGCUUUCUGCUUAGUACCUUCAGAUUUCCGCUUGUCUUUCUAAUUCUAAUCAUAUUGAUGACUGGCUUUCUCAAGUGAAGUUGAAGUCCUUUGGGGUAUGCUGUCGGGGCAUUCCUUUAGUUGCGUUGGCUUGAAAGUAACUUUAAACUUUUUGAAGCUAAGUCUUCUGAUAUAACUUCUUUUGGUGGAAAUUUACAACUCAUCUCCUUGUGGUGGGCUCAUAGUUAUAGCCAAUUCUUUUGCAAUUAUCCAAUUUCUUUGCAUCACAACAAUUGGUCAAAUUUUCUGCAAUUAGUUUUUUUGGGAUGGGGUUCACUUUUCACCGUCCCUAAGCUGUUUCUACUUCGCUUUUGUCUGAUGAUGUCUCUUAUAAAACAUCAAUGUGUGAUAGCAGAAGGAAAUUGUUAGCAGCC